AUGGGUAUAUUCAGUACCAUCUCCUAUAUAAUCACCCUGCCCGUAACAUGCUUGCGCUACAAAACUGCAAGAAUAAUUGAUCGUGAGAGGGUGGUUAAACUUGGUAUCAUAUGUAGAAAUUUUUGGAUUCUAUUCCCUCCUCUAAUCGCCUACCAAUACAUUAGACAGAAGGAUCAAGAUAUGUUUGUAACAGAACUAUUCUACAACACUACUGUGGCUCAGAAUGAGGACAAUGACCCUAAGAGUUUUUAUAAUACUCAGUUGAGGGGGGGAAAUAAGUAUUGGAAGAUGCAAAGGGAUAUUUCUCUUCUUAAGAAGGCAGCUGAAUCAUGA